GAACGUGCAGUGCGCAGGAGCGGUGAAGGGGAAAAUCGAGGGGAAAGAACGAAGCAGCCGCUGUCGGAUUCUUAUUGCAUGCGUCCAUAAGAACACCAGUAAAAUUCCACCAGAAGAGGAAAAGGGGGACAGGAAAGACAGCUUGCAGGCAUCAUCGUUAAGAGGGAACCACAUAAGUAUGACCGGACAGUAAUUGUUCCACGAAUCCAUUAUUUCCCAUCAUAUUCCACUGUCAUAGAUCUGAAUGCAGAUCCUAUGUGCGCACGCAGGAGCACAAAGCGGAGGUUUGGGAACCAAAUUGUGUCCAACACCAACACUGACAUCGGAUGUGCAGUAUGUAUGGAGCGGUUUCAUCUUGACCACGGCUUAUAAUCACAGUAACCAACGAUUCAUUAAUAAUUACCUACAACAUCUUAAUUGCUUGAUGGGGCGUGGAAACAAUUUAAACUUUUAACCCAAGGUGUGGACUUCACAGAUGAGGACAGUGUUGAGCCAACCUGCAUUGAUUGCUCUAGCCUGGGAGGGCGAUGAUCAGCAGCGACGCACCAAAUAAUAAACUGUUCAAAACCUGAACUGCGACGGACGCGUUUGGUUAGAAGAUGAUCCUGUGCGUAAUUGUUUUUUAGCAGACUGCUUUUCGGAUGAAGAUCUGUUUGUAGUGAUUGAAGUGACAUUAUUCCUCUCUAUUUACAUGGAUUUGAAGUGCAGUAGUAGUAACAGUAUGUGGCGAGAGGGGACAGUGCAUGAUUAGUUCGUUACAGAACGUACUUUCCACGCCUUAUUUCCAAUUCCGAGAUAUUGCCCACAACAUUAGGCCAAUUACUGCAACUACAACGAAGUCCUGUACAGAAAUAGACUUUAUAUUGAACCCUUCAGAUUAUUUCUCUCGCGGCUGUCAUCGUAGUAUGUCUGCACUUCGAAAGAAAUUUGGGGACGAUUAUCAGGUAGUGACCACCUCAUCCAGCGGGUCUGGAUUCAACCAGCCGGCACCAGAGAAGAAGAAGAAGAGGCAACGCUUUGUGGACAAGAAGGGGCGAUGUAACGUCCAGCAUGGAAACCUGGGUGGUGAAACCAGUAGAUARCUUUCCGAUUUAUUCACUACGCUGGUCGAUUUGAAAUGGCGCUGGAAUUUAUUUAUCUUCAUCCUAACAUACACGGUGGCAUGGCUCUUCAUGGCAUUCAUGUGGUGGAUCAUAGCCUACAUCAGAGGAGACCUCCAUCGAACCCACGAUGACAAGUAUACGCCAUGCGUUGCCAAUGUCUACAACUUUCCCUCCGCGUUUUUAUUCUUCAUAGAAACGGAAGCCACAAUAGGAUAUGGCUAUAGGUAUAUCACGGACAAAUGUCCCGAGGGGAUCAUUCUCUUUCUUUUCCAGUCAAUCCUGGGAUCAAUCGUUGAUGCUUUUUUGAUUGGCUGCAUGUUCAUUAAGAUGUCCCAGCCCAAAAAAAGGGCAGAGACCUUGAUGUUUAGUGAACAUGCAGCUAUUUCGAUGCGAGAUGGAAAACUAACUCUCAUGUUCAGAGUCGGCAARCUGCGUAAUAGCCAUAUGGUCUCCGCACAGAUCCGCUGCAAAUUGCUGAAAUCUCGUCAGACGCCCGAAGGUGAGUUUCUUCCACUGGAUCAGUUGGAAUUGGACGUGGGCUUCAGUACCGGGGCGGAUCAGCUCUUCCUGGUCUCACCACUCACAAUCUGCCAUGUGAUUGACACUAAAAGUCCAUUCUACGAACUCUCCCAGAGAUCCAUGCAAACAGAGCAGUUUGAAAUUGUGGUCAUAUUGGAAGGAAUAGUGGAAACUACUGGGAUGACUUGCCAAGCGAGGACUUCUUACACUGAGGACGAGGUUCUAUGGGGACAUCGUUUCUUCCCAGUCAUCUCUCUGGAGGAGGGGUUCUUCAAGGUGGACUACUCCCAGUUCCACGCCACGUUUGAGGUCAACACUCCCCCGUACAGCGUGAAGGAGCAGGAGGAAAACCUGCUCAUAUCCUCUCCUCUCAUGGCCCCAUCCCUGUGCAACAGCGGCGAGGGYGGGAYGAACAGCUCCAUGGACUGCCUGGAGAKCCUGGAGGACAAGGAGAGCACCACCAKCAAGCUGCCYUCCAAGCUGCAGAAGAUGCAAGGGGGCGGCUGRGGCCGGGACGGGCUGCCCAUGCCUAGGAAGCUGCUGAGGAUGAGCUCCACCACAUCGGAGAUGAUCUACCCCGGGAGCAUGGGGGAGCUGCCCAUGAAGCUGCAGCGCAUCAGCUCCGUCCCCGGCGUCUCCGAUGAGAAACAGGUGAACAAGAUGGRCUCCAAGAUCAGCUCCGAUCACAUCAGCCAAUCCGUGGCAGACUUGCCCCCCAAGCUGCUAAGGAUGCAGGGGGGAGGGGGAGUAGGGGGCCGAAUGGACGGACACCUGCCCCCGAAACUCAGAAAGAUGAAUUCCGACCGCUUCACGUAGAAUGGGCGACCAGUUUUAACUUAUUACACCCCAACCCUUUAUUAUUUAUAAUUUAUUAAAGGACAUGAUUCUUAUAUUCAAGAAAAUGUAGUAUAUAAAUACGUACAGAUAAAGUAUACCUUGAUAGAAUACCGCAGAUUUGUUCCUGGAUAUAAGUAUACAUGCUAUGAUGAAAGACAAUGUAUGAUAAGCACAAUCUGGCACGUACGAUACACUCAGUGCAUGUUAAACAUAGUUUCUUUCAUUUCUGGCAUGACAUUUAUAGAUAUWUUAUUUUACAGAGAUGAUUUGAGCAGGGAUGUUACUUCCAAUGGAUCUGAACAGUUGCACAAAGCCAUAUGGUUUACAAAAUGGAAAACCUACACAACAUGGGACUAAUUUGCGGUGAAGAAGGGUACAUACAUUCGAUUUGAGUUGGCUGCUUUUGUUGUUUAAUGUAAAAUUGUGUGGCAAUGUUCUGUUAAAUGCAUGCUACUUUUAUUGACUUAGCUAUACAAAGGUAAUAGACACAGAUGUUUAGCCUUAACUAUAUUACCUUGUUUCCAUUUCCACGAUUGUUCACAGCUGUAUUUUUGGCAUUUUCAUGUAUAGGAUGAUAUUUUACCAUGUGCAAUUUUAAGAACUUCUUAGUUCAGCAAGCAUACUGUAUGUUGCUGGAUGAUGCAAUCUAUAUUUGAAAAUGCAUGAUCCAUAUCAUAUGUUAUAUUGGAACUGGGCACAAACUUAUUAAGCAACCUGAACUCACUUUUCAAGGUAACACUUAUGUUGAAAGGGCCAGCACUAUCAAUCAAAUUCAAUCAAAUGUAUUUAUAAAGCCCUUCUUACAUCAGCUGAUGUCACAAAGUGCUGUACAGAAACUACAGCCUUAUAAGCACAACACAGAACACUGUUUAUGACACUCAUUAUGGCAGUAAGCAUUUAUGGCUUUUCGACAUACAUGUCCUGAACAGUACUGUAAAUUACUCUUUUACAUGGAAGGAAAACAACUAAAUCCAUGGUCACGCAUGCCUUAUUGAACAGUACUGUAGUUUGGAAGUUCAAAUUAUUAUUCAUUCUACAUUUAAUUUAACGAUACAUGUGCACCAAAAUUUCAACUUAAGUGUUACUGCAGAAAUAUAGAUUUAGAGGUGGACGUACAGCAUAUUUAGGAAAAAGUCACCACCUUUGUCUUAAGAGUCCAUAUGCUCCCUGUUUAACUAAAGCAAUAAUGUUAUAAUGACUAUAAUCUUUAUAUAGCCACAGGGUCUGCAGCAGCCCAAUAACCAUUAUAUUUACUGACUCCAUGGAAUCUGGUUCAACUAAAAGCACCAAUGAUAUUGUAUGAUCCUCAAACUCUUCAGGAAUAAAGAUCUAAGAUCAA